AUGGCUUUGAUGCGUGCCGCAGAAUGCAAAGCCAACUGGGAAUCACACCAGAUUAUUCUGCCGUCUUCGCUCAUCCGACUCGUGUCCCGGCAAGAAAACUAUGACCGACAGAGGCCGACGCUGCAGCAGGCCUGGAAAUACGCUCCUGUAUUUGGAACUGACAAGCGAAGUCUCAAAGAACUGUUCGACUACUUGGAUCUCCCGGUCGAGAGACGAAAAUAUAGGUGGGAGAGAGUAAAGAAGUUGGGAUCUCUCGGGCAGGCUGAUUAUCAACACCCUGCCAGUUGUGAUCCUCUAUUUUGUAAGAAUCCGAUCGUGCGAGAUUCCCUAGAAUGGCAGGAAAGGUGA